AUGACUACUGCAAGCAAUAGUAAGACUAGCCUUCCACAAGGCGAAAGUGCUAAAGAAUAUCUUGCGUUUGUGGAAGACUACUUCCGUUUUGCUAAUAAGUCACUCGCUAGUACAUUAAUGUCACAGCUCACGGCCAUGAAGUUUGAUGGGUCUAAGAGCAUGCAAGAGCAUAUUAUUGAGAUGACUAAUAUUGCUGCAAAAUUAAAGCCACUGGGUAUGACAGUUGAUGACUCCUUUAUGAUGCAGUUUAUUUUGAACUCACUACCUUCUGAUUACGAAGCUUUUCAAAUUAAUUAUAAUGUCAUGAAGGAAAAAUGGGACGUUAAUGAAUUGAUUGAAAAGCUCAUACAGGAAGAAAAUAGACUUAAGAAUUGUGGUUGUCAUUCUGUCAACUUGGUUCAAGGAGCUGGCAAAUCAUAA